UGACAUUGACAUUAGACAAAUUGCACACAAUGUCAAAAUAUUUUUUGCGUUAGAGAGUUAAAUUGCUAAACAUAAUUAAUAAUGUAUGCAUUGAAGCCUUAAAAUUAUGAUGAAUAUCUUUUAUGAUGAAUAUAUUAUAUCUAUGUGAAUUUCAUUAAUUCUCACGUUUCUUACUGGUAUGAUAGCCUAGAUUGUUGCUCUAAGUCAAUGUCCAUAAAGACUAUUUUCGCGCGUACACUUAGAACCAAAAUGGCAGGAAGGGUAACAUUUCGCAUUAAUCGCUGUAAAGUGAAGAUUACAUUGUGAUUUUCGUAAAGUGAAGUGUAUGUGUAACGUGUGUUUAUAGAAAUGUGGAGAUAGUUGAUAAAAUGGGUUCACAAACACUAGAGAUAUUGCGUCAAGGUGUUUGGGCGUCUUUAACUGGGGGAUGGUUUUAUGAUCCACAUCAAAAUUUGUUUUGCAACACGGUCCACCUUUAUAUCUGGCUGUUUCUACUAUGCGUACCGUUCUCAGUCUAUUUGUAUUUCCCACCAUCAAGCUUAGGUUGGAUCAUAUAUUGCAUCCUUGUAGCUGUACUAUUCACAGGAUUAAAGCUUCUGAAUAGAAGCCUACAUCAUUUGUAUGACACCUCCGAGUUCAUAGUUGUACAACCUUCUGAUGACCCUAACACCUCAAAUGAGAACAAUACUACGGACGAGGGCAUCGAGAUGCAGAUGAUGAAAUUGACAGCUGCAGCCGCAUCUGGAACUGACAAUGAAUCAGUCACAUCCCUCGAGUACCACAAACCCAACAAUAGCACUAUAGAUUUAAAAGUAGACGUCCAUCGUAAAAACAGUUCCGAAACAAGCAUAGAAGACAGCGCUAUAUCAUCGAAACAAGCAGAGCCUGUAGCGACUACCAAAUCAGAUUUAUGUGUCGCUCAACCGGCAGACGUUCCCGGUCCAUCAAGAAGCCGUCCAACAAAUAGAAGUAAAUCCAGAUCAGGCAGAAGAGAACAGAGAACUUCCAAAAGAAGAACUUACGGGAACAGAAUAGAAGAAUUGAUCGAAGCUUCUAGAAACCCUCGUACAGAAAGCAACGUGCCCAAUCAUAUUUUAGUAGAAGACGGUCCCUUUGCAAAAGUUAGUCGGCGGUACAAUGAGUGUCCCCACAGACGACCUACAAACCGGGAUUGUUUUAAAGAAUGGUUGUAUUUAGAUGGUCAUGAAGCUGGGGAGCCGUAUCAAUCCAAAUUUGCCCGACAGCUGAGCUCCGACUCUAGGGAUAACUCGGAGCCCAGCGUCGGUCCUCCGUCACCAAAAAAACGUAUAGCUCACAGGCGUAGAUACACUAUAUAUCCUUACGAAAGCUGUACUAAGUCUGCGAUGGCUUUAGCGACCGGUCAAUCAUCUAAUAUGAGAAGGAAUUCAAACUCCACGAUGUCAACUAUACAAUUGCCCCUUCUGAAUUCGACUGCACAACUGGUUUCCCAUAUGAGAAGACAUUCUAACAACGCUGAUACAGGGUUUUUUGCCAGCGUUGAACUUGGCGAGUACAUGAUGGUUAAAAAGGAAGCACCAGUAGGAGACGUUGAAAAGAAUAAAGGGAAAAGCCCAGGCGUUCGAAGAAUAAAAAGUGCUGCUCUAGAAAUAGGGUGUCCACUUCCUAGUGUAUCUAACUUAUCCCCCCAUCCUAAUAGUGCUGAAACGAUAGGUGGUCAAAUGUUAAAGAACCCCAAAAGUGCUGUAAUACCUCCCCCCAGCAAAAGUCUUACGCGAGGCCCCCAUUUAAAUCUUUAUCCCAAGAAUGAGAACGGAGAGGGCUGCAGUUACCCUUACUUGACAUACGGAUCCGAAAUUGUUUAUCCCAUAGCAGAAAUUUCUGAUGAAAUGCAGACAUCCCAAAAAGAGACUGAUUUAGACUCUAGCGGUGAGAGUUAUAGUGAUUACGAUGAUGAAAAGCAGUUCCGGGGAUUUGAUUGGGAUGCUGAACAGUCUCUGGCGAUGAGAUCCAGCGACUCGGACUACGAGAACAACGGUUCCAGGUCACCAUUGUUAGAAAGGCCACCUGGAAUCAGAGUGGUCCGAACGAAGAGCCACGGUGAUUCAAAAAAACAUUGCUGUGAACGCCACAGCAAUUCCAAACACAAUCAGGACUCUCAAUACGACAGAUCUAAGUGUGUCAGAUUAAAAAGAUUCAAACAUGAACUAGACAAUUAUGAAAAGCAUGCUGAAAGGCAAUCGGCACCUUGCGAUUGCAAAUCUAAUGUUGUAUAUUUCGACAAAACUAGUGCGAGCUCAAAAGAUUUGCUAAUAGAGAAAUCUAGCUUAGAAUCAAACGAUAAUCCACAACAAGAGCAAAAAGUAGAAGAAUCAAAAACUGUCGAGAAAAAACUUUGGGACCACGAUAUAUUUAAUUCUAGCAGCAGUAGUAGUUGUGACGUAGAUAGACCUAAUACUAAUGUUGAUAAGAACCACAUUCCGGAGACAGAGGAAUCACAGCUAACUGGUGACAGUAAAAGUGCAGAUGAACGAAGUGUAUAUAGUUUAGACUGGUUGUUUGAAGAGACUGCUAAACGUGGCGUUUACAAAGAAGACUCUCUCAAUCCUGACGAGGUUUUAUCACAAAACGUCGCAAUCGCCCUAGGAGAGUCUUCGGUUAACGUCCCAAAAAAUUUAGGAGCUAUACCGAAGCAAUUAAAGAGCGCGACGCGGUCCCGUGCUUCAUCUCAGAAAGAAAACAAGAAAAGGGAUUCAAAAAAGGAAAAAGACGAUAGCCAAAAUGAGGAAAGAAUGCUCAUGGAGUCGGCAGAGGCGCAGGCCGCUUGCGCCUUAGUUCAAGGGUUGGAGUGUUUGUUUGCUGCGACGAACGCCAACACGGUCGUGAUGCCCCCUCCGAACCGAGACGAGCGAUCCAGGGCUCACAGGCAAAGCCUCCGCGGUGACAGAGAAAACGUACAUAAAACUAGGAAACGAUCUAUAGAGGAAGUAGCCCAAACAUCAACAAGCACUCUCUUGCCGACAUCAAUGCCACUUUUGGCGGCCUUUUUAAAUUCUAGAGUGGAUUUUACCCCUUGCUGUGCUUCGACAAUGGGGCAAGCCUGUGAGAAUACUACGACAGAACCAUCACAACCUCAGGAAGAUGGUCAAAGGCUCCGACCAUUGAUGGACCGCAACCAUCGACAUAGAGUCAGAAAAAUCAAACGCUCCACCCGUAAAAGGAAUAACUCUUCGUCGCAGAACAACCCCGAGACUAAGGACAACCAGUCCAAUGCUGAAAAUUGUAAUAGUUCAACUAACGUUCACUUCGCUAAGUCAUUUGAUGACACGAGCGACGGAGCCAUACACUGUUUCAUGGACGAAUACGGUAAUUGGAUGUCGUAUACUUUCGAUAAAAACGGCUGUGCUCGUGUGCAAGCGCAGCCCAUACCGCUACCGGAGAAAGAGGACGGAACCAGGAUAAACAGGGUAACCCCCACAGACACGGCGGCGGACAAUUCCCAGGAGACCGCUGGCGAAGGUAGCUGCGGCUCCCUGGAGUCUGAAGCUGGAAACAGCGAGAGCUUAGCGAAGACCAAACGCGGGGACAGCCUGGACCGGAGCUCCUCCAACCAAGGCAGCAACAACCCCUUACUGUCGAGCAGUAAUAACGUUUCGACGGUAGUCCCAAUAAAUACGAAUACGUCCAAUAAACGGUUUUAUGUUUUCGACGGCGGGACCGGAACGCACACAGAUCAGCCUCGCUCGCCUGUGGCCUACGUCACGGAUAGCUUGCUAGAACAAAUCGAAGCGGAGAGGCAGUCCCGAAUGGGCCUGCCUAGUAUGCACAUUAAUUUGCUCAUGAGGGAGCAGAGAGCUCAGCAGCAAGCACAGCAACCGGCCGUGGAAACUGCGUCGACGAAUAACGUUUCGAGCAUGAUGCCGGCAAUAGGAGAGAUCUCCGAAGAUAAUGUCGAAAUACACUUCAGAAAUACAAUAUCAAAGCUUAUAGAUGAGAUCGGUAAAAUGAAUCAACCAAAGCCCCCGCCUGACCAGCCCAAGGGCUACUACAAAUACAAACUGUCCAAAUGUAUGGAAGUUAAAGUAACAAUGGACAGACUAAAGUUGAUGGCGUUAUUCGACAGAAACUUGACAUUUUCGGAGACUUUGAUUACGAUACUGCUGGCCGUCAUGGUGUCGGUGUUGGGUUCCAUGGUGCUAAGCCUCGGCUUCUACAGGGACAUAUACGCGUUUUGGUUUUGUUUCAUAAUAGCCGGAAGUCAAUAUUCGUUGUUGAAAAGCGUUCAGCCGGAUUCGGCAUCGCCCGUCCACGGCUUCAAUAAAAUGGUGCUCUUCUCUCGGCCGGUGUACUUUUGUUUAUGUACAGCCCUUCUGUGCGGGGUGCACACGUAUAUGCAGCAGAGCGGGGCGCCCUCAGACGAACAUUCCAGAAGUAAACGUAGCGCCGUAGAAAUGAAGCCCUUGACGAUAUACGGCUUCCAAAUGAACGAAAGGGAUUUUUUGUACGUCGUUCAAGAAAUAUUAUCGAAGUUCCUUUUGUUCUUUCCGCUGGCUUUUAGCUUGGGAUUAUUCCCGCAAGUGAAUACUUUCCUUAUGUACUUGCUGGAACAAAUUGAUAUGCAUAUUUUUGGUGGGAACGCGACGAGCAGUCUUAGCGCCGCUGUAUACUGCGUGGCUCGGUCGAUAGCGGCCGUCUGCAUACUUUACGGGUUCGCGUAUAGCGGCCUGAUCGAAGGCAAGAAAUCUCAACAUCAGAAACACAAUAUUCUUUUCUCCAUAUUCUGCGGCCUAUUGGUUCCUAUAUCGUACCACUUAAGUCGCAGUGCGAGCGAUUACACACACAUUUGGAACUUGAUAAAGAAACACCUACUUCCACCGGAGCUGUAUGUGGUGCACGGUCCCGAAUGCGCGCCCGAACCAGACAAAACAGAACCGAGCUUACUGGCCGAUGACAAGAAGGACGGCUCUGAAAGCAACAUCUCCAAGCAGAACUCGAUUGGAAGUUCCGCCUCUAAAAUCAACUUCAGUUCGGAGACGAAUAUCGCGCGGACUCAGAAGAGGUCUCACGCGUCGAGUGCGAGCUCUUUGAAGAUGGACCCCAGGGGGGACACGAUGAAUUCUACGACCUCUUUAAGGACGGAUCCGACCGCGGAAGCUGAAGACAAAAGUCAAGACUCGAUGAACACCUCGAAGCAAGACAAUACAGACAAGCCUGAUGAGGAGGACAUGGAGGACCCUCUGCCGAAGAAACUCCAGGCUACUAUCAACGCGCGACUGAAGAACGACGUUAUAGUCUGCACAUUCCUCGGCCUCUUUGUGUUCGGUCUGCACUGCACCACAGUUUUCACCACGCUCAAACCUCAACUCAAUACGGUGCUAUGGAUAAUAGCUGGUAUAUUAGGUUGGAUACUGCACUACCUGUUGCCCCAGCUACGCAAACAACAGCCGUGGCUGUGCUUAGCGAGCCCGGUCUUGAAGCAGCACGAGCACGCGCAGUACGAGGUCACAGAGCCGGCGAAGGUUAUGCUAUUCGAAAAGUUGUUCGUGUACCUGUGCUUCGUGGAGCGGAACGUGGUAUACCCGGCCGUGGUGGUGGCGGCCACCGCGCAGGACGCGCCGGCCCUCGCCCUCAAGUACGGGGACGCCGUGGGGGCGCUGCUGGUCUGCGUGUGCGCCCUCAAGUGUCUUCGACACGCUUAUUCGGAGCCGGACAGCCAGUACCUGAUAGUGGUGUUCGCGGUUCUGAUCUUCCAGAAGGAUCUCAGCAGCCGGGGCACUUCAGAAACGUUUCUAGUCGAUUAUUUCGUAACGGCCAUUAUAUUCAGCAAGGUCUAUGAAUUUUUACUAAAGGUACAGUUCGUAGUGACGUACAUAGCGCCGUGGCAGAUCACGUGGGGCAGUGCUUUCCACGCCUUCGCCCAGCCCUUCUCGGUGCCGCACUCCGCCAUGCUGUUCCUGCAGGCAGCCCUAUCCGCCCUCAUAUCAUCGCCUCUGACGCCAGCCCUAGGUAGCGCCAUCUUUAUGACGUCAUACGUGCGUCCGAUAAAAUUCUGGGAACGCGACUACAACACCAAGAGAGUCGACCAGAGCAACACCAGGCUCUCGUCGCAACUGGAACGGAACCUGGGGUCUGAUGACAACAAUUUAAAUUCGAUAUUCUACGAGCACCUGACGCGCUCGUUGCAGCACUACCUGUGCGGAGACCUCAUGCUGGGCCGCUGGGGGCAGGUGCAGCAGGGGGACUGCUUUGUUUUAGCAUCAGAUUACCUGAACUGCCUAGUGCAUAUAGUUGAAAUGGGGAAUGGACUAGUGUCCUUCCAACUGAGAGGCUUGGAGUUCAGAGGCACUUACUGCCAGCAGAGGGAAGUGGAGGCGAUAUCAGAGGGACCAGAGGAUAAUAGCGAGGGCGCGUGCGGCGGGCGCUGGUGGGUGUCCCCGGGCGCGGCGUGGGCGCUGCGGUGGCUGGCGUGGCAGCUGGCGGCCGCGCGCUACGUGCUGGAGGGGUACUCCGUGUCCGACAACAGCGCCGUCUCCAUGCUGCAGGUGUUCGACUUCCGGAAGGUGCUGCUCACCUACUACGUCAAGAGCAUCAUUUACUACACGAUACAGUCGAGUAAGCUAGAAGAGUGGCUGGCCUCUCCAACAAUAGCCGAGGCUUUGAAACCAAUAAAUGAGAGAAACUUCGUCGACUUGGAUCCAAUAUUCAAUGUUAACCUGGAUGAGGAUUACGAUUUUCGAGCCUCCGGGAUCACAAAGAGCAAGUUCGUGUCGGUGUACGGCGAAUGGGUGUCGGUGUGUGCGGCGCGGCGGGGCGGGGCGGGGGGCAGGCGGCGCGGCGCGCGGGACGGCUCGCUGGUGGCGCUGUGCUUCGCGCUCAGCCUGCUCGGCCGACGGGCGCUCGCCGCUGCACAGCACCUCUCCGCCUCCAGCGUGGAGUUCUUCCUGUACGGGCUGCACUCGCUGUUCAAGGGCGACUUCCGCAUCACGUGCGCGCGCGACGAGUGGGUGUUCACCGACAUGGCGCUGCUGCACGCGGUGCUGGCGCCCGCCGUGCGCAUGGCGCUCAAGCUGCACCAGGAUCACUUCAUGUUCCCGGAGGAGUACAGCAGCAGCUCGGCUCUGUACGCGGCCAUCUCCGCGCACUCGCAGCGCCUCGUCAUCUGCCACGAGGCGGCGCCCGCCUGGCGCUACAACGUGCUGCGGGGCGCGCCGCACCUCCUGGCGCUCAGACACGUGAUGGACGAGGGCAUCGACGACUACAAAAUAAUAAUGCUGAACAAACGGCACCUCGGCUUCCGGGUCAUCAAGCUGAACCGGGAGUGCGUCCGCGGGCUGUGGGCCGGCCAGCAGCAGGAGCUGGUCUACCUGCGGAACCGGAACCCGGAGAGGGGCUCCAUACAGAACGCCAAGCAGGCCCUGAGGAACAUAAUCAACUCGUCGUGCGACCAGCCCAUAGGGUACCCCAUCUACGUGUCGCCGCUCACCACCUCGUACGCGGACACGUCGCCGCCCGUGCGCCGCCUGCUGGGCGCCGCCGUGUCCGCGCGCGGCAUCCGGCGCCGGCUCGCGCAGCUGUGGCGGCGCGUGCGGCGCCGCUGCGGCGAGGGCUGCUCCAGCGGCGCUGCGUGCGAGGCGGGCGCGGGGGGGGAGCCGCGCACGCCAGCCCCGCCCCCCGCGCGCACCUCACUUGCCGGCACGCGAGGCAGCCUGGCCAGCGCCGGCAAGCCCGCGUCCACGCUGGCGUCGCUGGCGGGGCUGCUGCGGGAGCACUCGCACGAGCGCGCGCUGGAGGAGGCCGCAGUUUAUACGGAAACGGUCGAGAGCCGGCGCCGCAGCGAAGAUCGGUCUUCAGCCGGGCGGAGAGAGAAGGCGCCGCGACCCCGGGCGCACCCGCACCAGAGUGACGGCAGGAGGAUGCGACGUGAGCGAGCUCUGCCGGCUUCCUUCCGCCUGCUAGCAGCCGAUGCUGCUCACUCGCACGCGCACGACCUGCCGAGCACCGGGGGCAGCAACUGGGAGUGCGGCCCGCGCGAACAGCCCCGGAGAGCCGCCAGUGUCAAGGUCACGUGCGGCGAGGACGAGUCCUCCCUGGAGGACGUGGCGGCCGGCCUGGACCUGUCCCUCUCGCUGCCCGACUGCAAGAUCAUAGCCAACAGGAAUGCCAGAUUUUUCAUAAACGAAGGCACAUCGAAGGACCUCUCGAAGAUAACCAGAGAGAUCCGCCACGAGAGGGAGAGCCACCGCGGGCUCGCCGGCCGCUACACGGAGCGCCCCGACGCGCCGCCCGCCGACCGGGACGCCGCACUCAAGAAGGACAGCAAAAAGGAACCGAAAAACAAGGAGAUAAAGACUAAAAUCAAACGUUCCGAAUCUGGCAGGAGCUCUGGGCGCUCCUCGGUGAGCGUGGGCAGCAAGGUGCUGAUCGUGGAGCCGCUGGGCGUGUACGACUGCAUCAACCUGGGCCGCCGCAUCGACGUGCACUGGCCCUGCGACCUGCAGCGCCUGCGCGGGGGGCGCAGCGCCUGGGGCGCCUGGGUGCCCGCGCCCGGCAUGGACGGACUGGUGGUGCACAAGUGGACGCCGAACCACAGAGACCCGAAGCUGAGGUCGCACGUCGAUAAAACGAUCCUCCUCGUGCAAAUCGACGACAAGUACGUCCCGAUAGCCGAGAACUGCGUCCACGACCUCGGCGAUGAAGUGUGAACUUUAAACGUGUAUACGUAAAGUUGAAAAUCGAAUAAUUGUCGAGGCCCCGAGGUACGAUUGAAAUGUAGACUUUUUUAAGCGGACUAAAUAAUUGACGUAGCAUUGGAAUUUGAACUUUAAAACCUUGAGGGUACAGUGUGAAAUAGAUAGGACUGAAUUUUGUGACGGGGAUAACGUUUAACUUCGAAGUAAAUAAAUAUAAAUAUAUAGACAUUUGUCACAAAUUCAUGCUAUUAUAGAUUUUGGAAUUUGUCGAGUCACAAAAAAUGUUUCAACGUUUUCAAUAGCCAAUAAAUUAAUUGGACAUAUAGUUUCACAGGACGUUCACUUUUGAUCCUAUUUAAUAUAUAUAAUGUUUUAUAAGUGAAAUCAAAAACAAUUAACAGAAAGAAAAAAUAACUUAAGACCGGAUAAUGCUCAGAACCAAUCAACAUCUCUGGACCUGGUUCUAUUGUCUGUGAUUUUAAAAUGUGUAUCCUGACUUCUCGUAUCUAUCUUAUGAAGAAAAUAAAUUUGGCUUAUGAAUAAACAGUCUGAUGUGUGUGUCUGAAAAGUAAAAUGCAACCAUAAAGCCAUCGAUGUAGAGAUUGAUUUUCUAUGUCAAUGAUAUUGUAAAUAUUAUGUGUUUGAUUGACCAUUCUGUUAUGUGUAAUUGAAACCCUGUCCUCAAUCAUGAUACAUCAGCAUUCAUAUCUUUGUGUAAAUGUUAUAAUUUAAAAAUAAUUGAUAAAUUGGAUUGAGCAUCGCACCGACGCCUCGGUCCUAAAGGAACUUAAUAUCUCUCAAAGGUUAUCGUCAACAAUACAGUCUAGGAUUCUUAGAUAUUUUUACACUUAUCGCGACGGCCAACAAAGCCUAUCGAGAAACUUGUUGUUUAGAGUAGGAUCAAUGGUAAAAGAUCUCGUGGACGAAACCCUGGACUGAUGAGAUGAAAAUCCUUACCAAAAGCUCACAUAAGGAGUGGAUGCGCCAAGCCUCAGUUCACAAACUCUGGAGAAGCUUUCGGUAGGCAGCGGCUUGGGUCUGCCCUGGCAUUGCUGAAGUCCAUGAGCGACGGUAACCACUCAUCAUAAGGUGGGCCGUAAGCUCGUCUGCCUACAAGGGCAAUAAAAAAAAUAAAAAUAAAAAGCUGUCAAGUCUUUAAUAAGCAAGGAUUCCACAUGACCACUCUGACAGCUCUGCCAAGUAACCGACUAUGAUGAUGAUGACAUAAAACCGCACUUACAGUUGAAUUUGGUUAAUCUUUAAACAACAACCGUAACAGCCGAUUAUGGUCCAAAUCUUUAGGUUAAUAAAACUGGAUGUGUAACUGUGUGGACGUAUUGUUUUCGUCUCUUUCUCUCUUCUAAAUAUGAACGUAGCUAAAAUGUUAUGAAAUGGUCUUGCCAAUUUUUUUAUGUAUUUUUAAAUAGUUCCGAGUGUGACCUUAAUGAAAAUAAUUUAGUUAAUUAGGUUUUAUGGUUAUUUUUAAUGCGUCGAGGGAUGAGCCAGCUCGCGUGUCAUCUCGAGACGUGAGACGUUUACGACUCCGUAGUGUCCCAUUAGGACUAGGACUAGGACGACUGACCCAAAUAAAAGUGGAAGACGCGACUGAUCCGUGGCAGAAAUGGUAAUUUUGGUGCCUACCCGCACGGGCUCACAAUACCUUGGAUCCUUAUCAUUGAAGAAUAAACGAGGGUACAAUAAAAAGAAUGAUCCAAUUGGUUUGUUCAUUUCUAUUGGUACUGACAGCUAUACAGACCGCGUUCGUUGAAGGCGCUCGGGUAGUUGUUAGCAAAUUCCACCCGUCCUGACUGAGCCCUUGCUCGCCCACCUAUCCUGGUGAAGCUGGACAGAUCUCCGGGCCAUCAGUAAUCCCUCGAUCAAAAAAAAAAAAGACCGGCGUCAUUGUUCGAGAUGACCUUGCCGUGACCUUCGGCACCAUAUUGCAUCAUCUCGACUGAACUCCGAGCUCAUUUCGGGCUGCGUCCUUAUCAACACAUGCCAAUGACGGAUGGGAGCCACUAUAGACAAGUGGGCCGUACGCACGUUUACCUUCAGUGAUAACAGAAAAAAAAAUUGGUCGAAGAUUAUUCAUGAGACAGCGUCACCAUAUACACUUACGAUUCAGUAGGUCGUCAGCCAAUCGAUUUAGAUAACUUUGAUUUUCGUCACGAUACAAGCGAAGGUCAUAUAUUAUCCUGUCUAGUGUCUAUUUAUUCUUAAGUAAUUACUUUAUAUGUAUGUAAGUGUCGGUAACUGUAAAUAAAACAAGCAAUUGUAAAUAUAAAUGUAAAAAAAAACAAAAACAAACAUAAAUUAUGUACGUUUAUCUCUUUAAUAUAUUAAAUUUAUAAUUAUUUAAGAUAUGAGUAGAGUAAUAUUUCUAUUUUGUUAUUACAUUUUUAUUUCUUUCUUUUUUUUUAUAAGUAAAAUUAAAAUAAAAUUCGCACCCAAAUAUUCUAAGUCUACAAUUACACCAAAUAUGUAUGUUUAUUAAGAAUAUAUUUAUGAAAACUUAUUGAAUUAUGAAGGAAGACUCAUUAGAAUAAUACACAACAAGUUAAACCUUUACUGGUUUUACUGGUGGUAGGACCUCUUGUGAGUCCGCACGGGUAGGUACCACCGCCCUGCUUAUUUCUGCCGUGAAGCAGUAAUGCGUUUCGGUUUGAAGGGCGGGGUAGCCGUUGUAACUAUACUGAGACCUUAGAACUUAUAUCUCAAGGUGGGUGGCGCAUUUACGUUGUAGAUGUCUAUGGGCUCCAGUAACCACUUAACACCAGGUGGGCUGUGAGCUCGCCCACCCAUCUAAGCAAUAAAAAAUAAAUAAAUAAAACAUAUGUUUUAAAGUUAAAUGAAAUUAUUAUUUUUCAAAUCGAACAGCUAUUUAUAUUUUGUGAGCUUAGGAUAGUAUUUGAAACAAAAAUUGGAAACCUUGGCAAGAUAAUUUUCUUUUCCAAGUAAAUUGUAUCGAAUUUGCAAUUUCUGCAUUCUUUACUUAUUUUACCAAGUCAUAUUUCAAUACUUUAUAUUAUGUUGUUUCUAUAUUUAAUCAUACAAGUAAAAUAAAUUUUAUUUGUUUAAAAAUACACAAAUUUUCCCAUUUGUUUCAACAUUUACCAAAUAAUACUUAUUCCCUAUUUCAAAUAUAUAUAUAUAUUAUUUUAAUUUUUUUAUUCCUUAGAUGGGUGGACGAGCUCACAGCCCACCUGGUGUUAAGUGGUUACUGGAGCCCAUAGACAUCUACAACGUAAAUGCGCCACCCACCUUGAGAUAUAAGUUCUAAGAUCUCAGUAUAGUUACAAUAGUUGUACAAUAAUAAUUGACCUGUCACACUGUUGAACACAUACUAAAUAAAAAGUACAUAAAUUGUGUAUUAUUCUAUAAAGUGCUUAUCACAGAUUAGCUGUAUAUAUUCGUUGUUGUCUAGAUACUAUAUAAGUCGUUGACCUGUCACACUGUUGAACACAUACUAAAUAAAAAGUACAUAAAUUGUGUAUUAUUCUAUAAAGUGCUUAUCACAGAUUAGCUGUAUAUAUUCGUUGUUGUCUAGAUACUAUAUAAGUCGAGAUGCAAUUUAUAUAAACAUCUGUAAUGUUCGUUUUAUAACAAAAUAAUAAUAAAAAGCUAAUAAUGGCGCGUUGUGGUUUACGAAUUUAAAUUGAUAUAUUUAAAAUAUUCUUGUUUACAUAGGAAAGAUAUUGGUUUUACAAAACUUUGAAUAGAUUUAUUAUUGUGGUGUUUAAAGAGAUCAUUUGUUGUUGAUGUAAAUGUGUUUACUAUUGGAAAAUAUAGAGGAGUUAAAAUGUAUAUAUUAUGUGUAUAUAUAUUUUGUUUUGAAGUGUGAGUAAGCCGCAUAACAUAGUGACAAAUGUGUGAAGUAAAGUCCAAAUGUGGUGGUAAAAAGCUUGGUUAAUAAUCAUAAUAAAUUAUAGUAAACAUAUUUAUAAAUAAUUGUGUUUUAAAAAAAUAUGUCUUAUGUACAUAAAAUAAAGUUCUUAUUAAUUUAUCACGGAUCCAUUGAUACAGUCCUCUCAAAUAUUCUCAAGUUGCCUUUAUAUUUUAGACUGAUUUUUUUCUAUAAUUAAGAUCAACAGAAAAUGCCUUCGAACUUAUUCAACAAUUUAAAACUUUAAAGCUAAAAUUUACUCGGUCAUUUUAGCUUAUUAAGAUUCAAAAUGUUCAUCAAGUAUCAAGAUCUCCUUUGCACCUUGCACCGGCAAUGAUAGUUGUUAGGUCUACUCUAAUUUGACUGUCAAUUUGUUCUUAACAAACUCAUAUCGGGUAAAAUUAUGAUUCGCUUAAAACGUGACAGAAAAAUAAUGCACUGAAUGAUUUUAUGCAUAUAAGACCGCAUUGUAAAGCAAAGUUAGGUGUACUGACCUAGCGAGGUCAUUGGAUAUUUGUAAUUCAUCGCGUGCAUUAAAAAAAACUAUUUGUUUAAUAUUAUUCAUCGAUUGUGAUUUUUAUGGUUCUACUGGAAGGAUUUACCAACACAUACAUAUCCUUUAAAUACAUCUUACAAUCUUCUCUUUCUUAAACCCUGUACCGUCAUCUUCUACCUGACUGUGUGUUAUUUUUUGCUUUCGAUGUAUGAUUCCAAUAGUUAUGUAAAGUUGCUAUCUUUUAGAUCGUGAGCUUUUUUUUGAUCUGGCAACGUCAUAUGUACCUACCUACCUUUAACUUUAUUAGAAUGAGUUCUUAAUAUAUUAAAAAAAUAUAUGUUUAAGGUAAAUCAGUGUACUUAUUUAAUGUUCUUUAUUAGAAAGAUCACGAUUGUUGAAUGUUGAUAAUGUCUGACUAGUUGUUUGUUAGGAUUGGAAUUAAAAACCUUGCUCGCGGCCUUAUUCGGUCGGAACCUUUUUGACAGCAUCAAAGUAAUUAAAACCUUUGAUAAAAAAUUCAAGAAUGUAUCGAAAAAAGUUCUAAUAUAUAUAAUUUUUUUAAUUUGUACUAUUGUCUAUAGGAACAGCAGUAUAUAUGAAUAGAUUAAAAAAAAUGAAUGUAGAAACUCACAAUCCGUCCACAGACUUGUGAUUUGUGCAUAAUUUUUUUUUGUGUGUUUAACGAAAUUUCAACAAUCGUGCAUCGAUACCUACCUAGUUCGGUUACAAGAAUGUAUCGUCAUAAGACGCAAAUAAAAUGGUACAUGCAAUCGA